CCCUCUUUGCUGUUCUGAUUGGGCGCAAGGAACUGUUUGUAGCGUUUGGAUUUAUUAACAGCCAGCCCACAUUAAUAGGCUUGAUGAUUAUCUUCCAGUUCAUCUUUUCUCCCUACAAUGAGCUCCUGUCUUUCUGUCUGACAGUCCUGAGUCGCAGGUUUGAGUUCCAGGCAGAUGCCUUUGCACGUGGUAUGGGCAAAGCCUCGGAGCUGUACUCUGCUCUCAUCAAGCUGAACAAGGACAACCUGGGCUUCCCUGUUGCCGACUGGCUGUUCUCCAUGUGGCACUAUUCACACCCUCCUCUUCUGGAGCGCCUCAGGGCGCUGGGCAACGCCAAGCAAGACUGACGAGGCUGGAAGGGGGAGCGGCGACCGCUGCCUCCUCAGAACGGCCUCCGCAGACCUCUCCUGGCUCUGUGAUGCUCCCUGGUCUUUUUCUUCCCAUCUGUAUCUCACCAUCUAGUUUUAUAUUAUUUUAACCUUUACUUCACUUCCCAACGUGUUCAGUUUUGUCCCAUUAGAUUCUCCGUUUUUAACAAAAUCGAACCGUAUUGACUCAAAACAGCCUAAAACAACGUAGCCUUCACGCUGUAGAAACACCAGUUAUGCACUUGUUGUGAGCAAAACAUCUGGACAAUGUUUGUUUAAUGAGAUUUCAAAGAAGUUGUCAGAGUACAAUUCAGAUUAGUUUACCGUAACUUAAUAGUGCUCUCUUUUUUUGGACAGUAUUUUACAUUUUCAAACCUUAUUUAUUUAAUUUAAAACUAUACGAUUUCCAAAUCUUUUCUAGACUUUACUAAGAAUAUUAAUCUGUUGUGAUGCAGAUAUGGCAUCCAGCUAGUGUUCAGACGGUCACAAGUUUUCUAGGCUUAGCAUGAAUCUACAUCAUUUGUACUCACGACAGUACUUUUUACAAACAGGUCAGAUUUUAAAUUGUCCUUCAAGUGCAACUUUCGUCCCUGUGAAACUAAUAAGUUGUUCCAAUUCAAAUGUUUUUUAGAGGAGAUACUUGAUGACUAGGGCAAAAUGUGAGUGCCUCUAAUUCUCUUUUUGUUCUGAUAGUGGACACAUUGUGAACAGAGCAGUUCAGAAAGUUUUAUUUGACGUUAAAUUAGACUAGUGAUUUUUAUUUUCUAUACAAAGUGAGGAAGUGACGUUUUAUUUUAAUUUUUUCCAAGGCGCUUGUGGUCAAGGCUACAACCAAGCGUGUAUAUAUGUAACUUUAGUGAUUAGCGUUAGAAAAUACGAUGUAAAUUGUUUAAAAAAAAAUGUGUUUGGAAUUUUUAAGUUGACAAAUUGUUUAUUUUCUUGGCUGCCUGGCUAGCAAAUUAUUAAUGGGGGAUUUUGGGAAGAGGGUGUACAAGCUUUCUUUUUCAGCAGAUCAGACAGAGUUGGGUUUGUUAGAG